UGCAGUUGAGAUUCGCAUUUCAAUUCCAAAAUCAAAGUGCUAUCAAAAUGAAAUGUAUUGUGUUUAUAUAUAUUAUAUUUGCAAGCAUAAUACUGAUCAUAGAUGAAGCAGAGGCUAACGAAAAUGAGUCGUGUGUGGCAACCAGAAUAGCAGAGGAAGAAUGUGGAGAGCACACCUAUAAAGCAGUGAGACCUUUGUUAAAGUAUAUUCAUCAGAUGAAGGAGGAAAUUGAAAACAAUAACAAUAAGGUUGAAGGCAAAGACAGGGAAAUCAAACAACUGCAGGAUAAACUUAGUCAACAUAAUGUACUGGUCAUCGAGGAACUGAGAGCUCAGAAUGAAUUCUACAAACAGAGUAUCAAAGAGCUAACGAACAACGUUUUAUCAAUAAAAGAGGAAAUGAGUAAACCCAAUUCCAAUGCCUUGAAAAUCCAGGACUAUGAAGAGCAGCUGGAAAAACAAAAGAAGUCAAUUGAUCAACAGGCCCAACAAAUAUCCCAACUCAAAAACGAAAUCAACAUUUGUGCCAAGAAACUAAAAAGCUGCGAAGAGAAGCCCGUUCUAAAUGACUGCACCGACUUUGCUGAUGCUCCGGGUAUUCAUAAGAUUAACCCGGAUCCGUUCGAUGUCCUUUGUGAUAGUGCGACAGCAGGUCCUGGCUGGACGGUUAUCCAGCAGCGAAUCGACGGUAAGGAGGAUUUCUACAGGAAUUGGACCUCUUACCGUGAAGGUUUUGGUUCCUUUGAUGGCGACUUCUUCCUCGGUCUCGAGAGGAUUCAUCGCUUGACACGCGCCCAGCCUCAUGAGCUCUACAUACAUAUGGAAGGAUUUGAUGGUGUCAUCAAAUACAGAAGAUACGAACAAUUUUCCAUUUCUGGCGAGGAGGACCAAUACACCUUGAUCAGCGUGGGUAAAUCUGAAGGCAGUGCCAGUGAUGACUUGCUAUACCACAAAGACAAGAAAUUCAGCACAUUCGAUCGUGACAAUGACAAUUGGGAUUCUGGCAACUGCGCAAGCCGAGACUAUAAUGGUGGUGGUUGGUGGUACCAUAGAUGUGUAUCCUGGUAUUGAUCGCUAAAGCUUUGA